AUGGGACCCAGCCCCCGCCCCGCCAGCCCGGUCCUGCGCCCGGCGCUCUGCGCGCUCGCCCUGAUUGUGGCCGCCGGCGGCCGCGUCGCCUCCGCCUUCAACCUGGACACCCGAUUCCUGGUGGUGAAGGAGGCCGGGAACCCGGGCAGCCUCUUCGGCUACUCGGUCGCCCUCCACCGGCAGACGGAGCCGCAGCAGCGCAACCUGCUCCUGGUUGGUGCUCCCCGUGACCUCGCCAUAUCUGAUCGCUAUACCAACCGGACCGGUGCUGUGUACCUGUGCCCACUCAGUGCCCGCAAGGAUGACUGUGAGAGGAUGGACAUCACAGAGAAAAGUAAUCCUGGCCAUCACAAAAUUGAGGACAUGUGGCUUGGGGUGACUGUGGCCAGCCAGGGCCCUGCAGGCAGAGUCCUGGUCUGUGCCCACCGCUACACCCAGGUGCUGUGGUCGGGGUCGGAGGAGCAGUGGCGCAUGGUGGGCAAGUGCUACGUGCGGGGCAACAACCUCAAGCUGGACCACACGGACGACUGGCAGACCUACCACAACGAGAUGUGCAACAGCAACACGGACUACCUGGACACGGGCAUGUGCCAGCUGGGCACCAGCGGCGGCUUCACCAAGAACACGGUGUACUUCGGAGCUCCCGGUGCCUACAACUGGAAAGGAAACAGCUACAUGAUUCAGCGGAAGGAGUGGGAUUUAUCCGAAUACAGUUAUAAGGACGAGGAGGACCAAGGAAACCUCUAUAUUGGGUACACGGUGCAGGUGGGCAGCGCCAUCCUGCACCCUACAGACAUCACCAUUGUGACGGGUGCCCCGCGGCACCGACAUAUGGGUGCUGUCUUCUUGCUGAGCCAGGAGGUAGGCGGCGACCUGCGGAGGAGGCAGGUGCUGGAGGGCACACAGGUGGGCUCCUAUUUUGGCAGCGCCAUUGCCCUGGCAGACCUGAACAAUGAUGGGUGGCAGGACCUCCUGGUGGGUGCCCCCUACUACUUUGAGCAGAAGGAAGAGAUAGGGGGCGCCGUCUAUGUCUUCAUGAACCAGGCAGGCACCUCCUUCCCUGCCCAGCCCUCCCUCCUCCUUCACGGCCCCAGCGGCUCCGCCUUCGGCUUCUCCGUGGCCAGCAUUGGUGACAUCAACCAGGAUGGAUUCCAAGACAUCGCUGUGGGAGCGCCAUUUGAGGGCUUGGGCGCGGUGUACAUCUACCACAGCAGCUCCAGGGGUCUCCGCCAGCAGCCCCAGCAGGUGAUCCACGGAGAGCAGCUGGGACUCCCCGGCUUGGCCUCCUUCGGCUACUCCCUGAGUGGGAAGAUGGACGUGGACGAGAACUUCUACCCGGACCUGCUUGUGGGGAGCCUGUCGGACCGCAUCGUGCUGCUGCGGGCCAGGCCCGUCAUCAACAUCCUCCACAGGACCCUGGUGGCCAGGCCGUCCGUGCUGGACCCCGCGCUCUGCACAGCCACCUCCUGUGUGCAGGUGGAGCUGUGCUUUGCUUACAACCAGAGUGCUGGGAACCCCAACUACAGGAGAAACAUCACCCUGGCCUACACGCUGGAGGCAGACCGGGACCGCCGCCCGCCCCGGCUCCGCUUCGCCCAGAGCCAGUCGGCUGUCCUCCAUGGCUUCUUCUCCAUGCCUGAGAGGCGCUGCCAGAAACUAGAGCUGCUCCUGAUGGACAACGUCCGCGACAAACUCCGGCCCAUCGUCAUCUCCAUGAACUACUCAUUACCUUUGCGUUUACCUGACCAGCCCCGGCUGGGGAUGCGGUCCUUGGAUGCCUACCCAGUCCUCAACCAGGCCCAGGCUCUGGAGAACCACACUGAGGUCCACUUCCAGAAGGAGUGCGGGCAGGACAACAAGUGCGACAGCAACCUGCAGAUGCAGGCGGCCUUCGUGUCGGAGCAGGGGCAGCGGCUGAGCAGGCUCCAGUACAGCAAAGACCUCCGGAAACUGUACCUGAGCAUCAAUGUGACCAACACCCCAAGCAGGGAGCGGGCUGGGGAGGACGCCCACGAGGCACUGCUCACCCUGGCGGUGCCCCCCGCCCUGCUGCUGUCCUCCGUGCGCCCUUCUGGAACUUGCCAGGCCAAUGAGACCAUCCUCUGUGAGCUGGGGAACCCCUUCAAACGGAACCAGAGGAUGGAGCUGCUCAUCGCCUUCGAGAUCAUCGGGGUGACCCUGCACACGCGGGAAUUCCAGGCGCAGCUGCAGCUCUCCACGUCAAGUCACCAGGACAACCUGUUGCCCAUGACCCUGACUCUGCUGGUGGACUACACUCUCCAGGCCUCGCUUAGCAUGGUGAGUCACCGGCUACAGAGCUACUUUGGGGGAAUGGUGAUGGGCGAGGCUGGCAUGAAGACCGUGGAGGACGUGGGAAGCCCUCUCAAGUAUGAGUUCCAGGUGGGCCCAGUGGGAGAAGGGCUGGCAGUCCUGGGGACCCUAGUGCUGGGGCUGGAGUGGCCAUAUGAAGUCGCCAACGGCAAGUGGCUGCUGUACCCCACGGAGAUCACCAUCCGAGGCAACGGGUCCUGGACCUGCCAGCCACCAGGAGACCUCGUCAACCCUCUCAACCUCACUCUCUCAGUCCCCGAGGACAGACCGCCAUCUCCGCAGCGCAGGCGGCGACAGCUGGACCCAGGGGGAGUCCAGGGCCCCCCGCCUGUUCCUCUGGCUGCUGCCAAAAAAGCCAAGUCUGAGACCUUAUUGAAGUGUGGCAGCAUCCACACCCGCUGUGUGUGGCUGGAGUGCCCCAUUCCCGACGUCCCUGUCCUCACCAACGUGACGGUGCGGGCUCGAGUGUGGAACAGCACCUUCAUCGAGGAUUACAGAGAGUUUGACCGAAUCAGGGUCACCAGCUGGGCGACCCUGUUCCUCCGAACCAGUGUCCCCACCAUCAGCAUGGAGAACAAGACCGUGCCGUUCUCCGUGGACAUUGACUCUGAGCUGAAGGAGGAAACGCCAACCGAGAUCCAGCUGUGGCUGGUGCUCGUGUCCGUGGGGGCCGGGCUGCUGCUACUGGGGCUCAUCAUCCUGCUGCUGUGGAAGUGUGACUUCUUUAAGCGGGCCCGCUAUUACCAGAUCAUGCCCAAGUACCACGCCGUGCGGAUCCCAGAGGAGGAACGCUACCCACCUCCGGGGGGCACCCUGCCCGCCAAGAAGCACUGGGUGACCAGCUGGCAGGCGCGGGAUCGAUACUACUGA